AGGAGGAGGAGGGGGGGACCUUUUCUGCGCCGAUUUUCCCUGCGAGGGUUAGAGGUUUUAGCCCUGUAGAGGCAGUCUGCUGCCUCAUCUAGCCACGCCAGCCAUGGAGGGCCUCUACUUUGACGUGAAGCCCCGAGGAGAUGAAUCCUUACACCCCGGGACAACCGAGAAGCCUCUCCCUAUCCCCACCUCCGAGCACCUCUCACAUCCACCUCUCUCGCGCCCCACCUCUUCCACGCCACGCUCCGCCAAACUCGCCUCUGCAGGGCAGAGUGGUGACCUGUCAAGACAGGAGGAAACGGAGGGAGAAGAGGAGGUUCAGUACCGACUAAAGUUGGUCGGUUCUCUGCCAGUCCACUACCUGACCACCAUGGCCAUGCUGCCCUGGGUGGUGGCUGAGAUCAGGAGGUCACGGCCAAGGGAGAGGGAGGUGGGCAAACGGGGCCCUUUUGAAGGGUCGGGGAGCAGACGGUCGGACAUACCCGCGCGGAAUCAACCCGUAUUUCUGUGUGUUUCGGCAUCAAGAGUCUUGUGCAAAUGUGUCCUGGCUCAGGGCACCACAUGGGAUCCUCUGUCACACAUGGUGCUCUUUGAGUGUCGUCCUCACCAGGUGACCAAGCUGAUCCACAACAGCCAGGAGCCCAGCAGCUUUGGCUGUCUGGUGAGGGACACGCGACAGAGUGCCUGCUACGUCUUCCAGUGCCAGGGCAGCACCAAGGUCCCCGAGAUCAUCAGUACGCUGAGACAGGCUGGCAAGAGCUCGGCACGCAGCGAUGACAUCACCACCACAACUAACAAACCUUCCACCACCACCUCUGCAACUGGAGCACCCUCUGAAACAAACUUCCACUUUUCCUCCGUUUGUACAAUGACGAGCUCUUCAGCACCUCCCAAUGCGGUGUCUCCGACAGUGUUCGCCAAGAAGUUCGAGGUGCUUUUCUGUGGUCGUGUCAGCGUUGCUCACAAGAAGGCCCCACCCGCCUUGAUUGAUGAAUGCAUAGAAAAGUUUGGACAAUCACGUGGCUCAGGGGCUUGUGCUAAAGGAGGAACCAGCGGGGGGUUGGUGGGUGGGCUGAAGAGGGUGUUGGCCUUUCAGUCUAAUGGUUUGAGUAGUGGCGAGUCAGAUAAUGGGGCCAAGCAGAGUCCAUCCGGUGGGAGAAGACCCAUGCUGUUUAAACGGGACCCCAGCUUCCCUUGCCUGCAGGCCCUGGACGAGAAUGGACUCUCACCAGAGAUUACACACAGCACAGCUUCUCACACUGAGUCCCAAACUGCCGGUAUUCAACCCACAAGCCUUCAAGAAAACAGGACCAUGCUGUUUAUGGUGGGGAAGUCGCAGAUCUUUUUGGUUAGUCCAGACACUAAGAAAGUUGCCAUAGAGAAGAGUUUCAGAGAAAUCUCCUUCUGUUCACAGGGUAUUCGUCAUGUGGAUCACUUUGGCUUCAUUUGCAGGGAGACAGUGGAAGGAGGAAGCUGCCAUUUCGUCUGUUACGUCUUCCAAUGUGCAGAUGAGCCUCUGGUGGAUGAAAUCAUGCUGACCUUAAAGCAGGCGUUCUCUGUAGCAGCCUUGCAGCAGAGUGUGAGGACCCAGAACCAGCAGUGUGACACCUGCCCUAUGCAGCAGCUCCACAGACUGUGUGAGAGGAUAGAAGGUCUACAUCCUUCUAAAACUAAGUUGGAGCUUCAGAGACACUUGGCCAACCUGGACAACCAGGAGCAAGCCUCCGUCUUUGAGAACACAAAGAGGGCACGUCCUAAGAAUGACCAAGAGGAGAAUGAGCUAGUUGUGGCCUGUCUAAGAAACUUAUAUGAGGAGAAACAAAAGAGACAUCAACACGCACAGCCUGGAGAAAGCAAGCAGGCGUGUGAGGAGGCAGGCACCAGUCCAGUGGAGCUGCAGCAGCAGAGCAGCAGUCGGCUCCGACUGGAGCAGUUCAAGACCAGAGCCAAGCGAUCGCUCACAGAGUCACUGGAAGGCAUCUGGAAGGGCAGCAGCAAGGCAAGGGCUCAGCGUGAGAACAGCGAAGGAGGUGACAGCUGCUCCUCAAGCUCCACUCCGCGCAACAGCCAGGACCAGCCCUCUCUUCACUGCCCCUCAGCCGCCUCCUCCCACCUGCGGCCCACCAGCCCUCUCAGGUUCAACCACUCAACAGGUGACCUGAAGCACCUGGAUACUUCUCUCCCUAUCUGUCCCUCCUCCUCCUCCCUCUCGCCAUCCCGUGAUGGCCAACCUCAGGGCUUCCGCCGACGGGCCAGCACCUUCAGCCACUCCCCGACCCCCUCCUCAACCGAGGGCUCACCGGCACACGUUCAGGUCCGGCAGGACCCAACCGCAGCCACCAAGCCCAAACUGGUGCGACACUACUCUGUCAGCACUGAGACCCCACAUCAGAGCAACGAUGUGGCAGCCCUGUCCAGCCCAGGUGUGGGAUGUGCGGUAGGGGAAAGCCCUCUGCGCAACCACCGUCACUCCUGGAGACAACAGAUCUUCCUGCGGGUGGCUACGCCUCAGAAGAAUGCAGAAACAGUCGACCGAGGCGAUUCCUGUUUGGAGGCAGGCCGCGUCUGUGGGGUCCAGGUUGGAAGCGUGGUGGGAGGAGGCAGUGACUCCUCCCUGUCGGUGGUGCCUGAGGAGAGGAAGCGGAAGGGGAGGGAGGAACUGAGGGAGCUGUGGAGGAAGGCCAUUCUGCAGCAGACCCUGCUCCUGAGGAUGGAGAAAGAGAAUCAGAAACUACAGGCCUCAGAGUGCAACCUGCAGAACAAGCGUCUGAAGCUCGACUAUGAGGAGAUCACCCCGUGUCUUAAGGAGGUCACUCUGGUCUGGGAGAAGAUGCUGGGGACCCCUGGGAGGGCAAAGGUCAAGUUUGAUACGGAGACUGUACAUGCUUCUGUUGCGCAAGGUGUUCCAAGGCAGCAUCGAGGCGAGAUUUGGAAGUUUCUGUCAGAGCAGUACCUGUUGAGACAGACAAUCCCUGCGCGACCUCCUGCCAACCACACUCCCUACAAAGAGCUGCUAAAGCAGCUCACCUCCCAGCAGCAUGCUAUCCUAAUAGAUCUGGGUCGUACUUUUCCCACCCACCCAUAUUUCCAGGCCCAGUUGGGAGCAGGACAGCUGUCUCUCUAUAAUCUUUUGAAAGCGUACUCACUUCUGGAUCCUGAGGUGGGUUACUGCCAGGGCUUGUCUUUCAUAGCUGGCAUACUGCUCCUACACAUGGGGGAAGAGGAGGCCUUCAACAUGCUUAAAUUCCUAAUGUACGACAUGGGGCUCCGCAAGCAGUACAGACCUGACAUGAUCAUACUGCAGAUUCAGAUGUACCAGUUGUCCCGGCUCCUCCACGACUACCACAGGGAUCUGUACAGCCACCUGGAGCAGCAGGAGAUCGGCCCCAGCCUCUAUGCCACCCCCUGGUUCCUCACUGCCUUUGCGUCACACUUCCCCCUUGGUUUUGUGGCCAGAGUCUUUGACAUGUUGUUCCUGCAGGGGUCGGAGGUCAUCUUUAAGGUCGCCCUGAGUCUUUUGGGGAGCCACAAGCCUCUAAUUCUGCAGCAUGACAGCCUGGAGUCUAUCGUGGAUUUUAUCAAAACCACCCUGCCCAACCUGGGCCUAGUGCAAAUGGAGAAGACCAUCAAUCAGGUGUGUGAAAUGGAUGUAUCCAAGCAGCUGCAGGCCUAUGAGGUGGAGUAUCACGUCCUACAGGAUGAAUUGCUGGACACGCCUCCGACCCUCAGUCAAUCCCAGCGGGCCGCACAGUUAGAGAGGACCAAUCAGAGCCUCCGACAGCAGAACCUUGACCUGCUCGAGGAACUACAGGUUUCCCAUGCACGAGCGUGUAGCCUAGAGAGCCACAUAGAGGCCCUGGUGCAGUCAGAGAGCCGGCUGAAAGAGCAGGCGUGUGCACUGGAAGAGGAGAAAAGACAGCUUCAGAGCACCGUCAUGCGCCUUCAUGGCCUCCUCGCCAGCCUCGGCAUACACACCUCCCCCGAUGGACACCUACUCUCACACACUCCAAACAGGGACGGAGACACCAUUAUACCGACCCAGCAGCAGGAGACGGCCAAGGGGACAGCAGCCCCCCUCCCCCACCCCCUCAUACUCCCAGACAAUUCUUAGCAGCGUGGACCAGGCCAGUUAAACACUAAACUCAACGGGGGGGGGGGUGUUGUGGGGGGUCGAUAUGAUUAAAGUCGGGCUGGCGAGGGAGAGAUUACUAUCUACCUCAGCCUCCAUCCUCCUCCUAGACGUUCAAGCUCCAGAAUGGUCCGGACGCCGAUGCCGCAAUGCCAAACAAAAGCAAGAAGAAACCUAGGUUUCGGCGAC